AUGGCAGCAGAAGCUCAACAGCCGUUGAAAAUGGGGUUUUACAGAACCACAUGUCCCACCGCCGAGCAGAUUGUCAGAUAUACCGUCAGUAAGGCUGUCACUGCAAACCCUGGAAUGGCCGCCGGAAUCCUUCGCCUCUUCUUCCACGACUGCUUUGUCAGGGGUUGUGAUGCUUCACUUCUACUGAAAACGGUGCCGAACAGUGAAAUAGAGUCGGAGCAAGAUGCCGGAGCCAAUGUGGGAACCCUAAGAGGACUCGAGAUAAUAGACCAGGCUAAGGCCAAGCUCGAAGCCGCAUGCCCAAACACCGUCUCAUGUGCAGACAUCUUAGCUUUUGCCGCCCGUGAUAGCACCGCCGUCGUUGGUGGGUUCUCAUACACCGUCCCUGCCGGACGACGGGACGGAAGGGUUUCAAAUAUCGGUGAAGUCGACCUUCCGUCACCGGACUCUGAUGUGGAGGCUCUCAAGAGAGCCUUUGUGGCAAAAGGACUAAGUGUUGGUGAUAUGGUGGCGCUCUCUGGCGCCCAUUCUAUAGGGAGAUCGGGUUGCAAUUUUGUUAAACCUCGUCUCUAUUCUUUUAAUGGGACACAUGCCGAUCCCUCAUUGGAUCCAAAUUUUGUGGCGGUUUUGAAAAAGAAAUGCCCAAAGAACGGGAACUCGGGUACUACGGAUCUUGAUUUAGCGACUCCGAAUCGUUUGGACAAUCAGUAUUAUCGUAAUGUGAAACAACACAGGGUUUUGUUCUCUUCGGAUCAAGCUCUACUUGAUAGUCCGAUGACGGCCCGAACAGUAGCUAAAUAUGCGAGUAACUUGAACGCUUGGAGAAACGAUUUCGCUGCAGCGAUGAUACGUUUAGGUUCUAUUGAAGUGUUAACAGGGACCAAAGGUGAGAUUCGUAAGAAGUGUGGGGUUAGAAAUUAA